UUCCCUCUGCAAUCCAUUCCAUCUUCCCCCUCACCACCACAAGCCACCCCCAGACCCCGUUUCCGCUGAUGAUAGUGUCGAGCCAUGGUGGCGGAGCGGGUCGUCACGGUGGAGUACCUGGAGCCGACCAUGUCACGGGAGCUCCUCGGCAAGUUCCCGGACAACUCCGCCUUCGACUUCGAUUACUCCCAGAGCGGGAUAUGGUCUCCCCUGCUCCCCCGCGGCAUCGAUGACGCCCGGAAGAAACUCUUAGCCGGAUCUCCAGUGACGCUCCGAAGAGUGAAAGCAAAGCUCACGUACAAGAAGCGGAAGCAGAAGAGGCCGAGUGCUAUGAGGAAGAGCUUAGAUUUCUCUCCUGUUCCUUCUCCUAAACUGGGGUGGAAGAGGGUGCUGAGAGCAGCCGCGAAGCGCUUCAAGGUCCAUGCAAGAUCGCCGCUGCAGAUGAUGCUGCCCACAUUGUGACCCGAGAAACAGUUGCCUGCUCAACUGGCGUAUCAGAUCUCCACCGCAAUUGCUAUAGCCAUUUGUUUGUUUUCGUUCCUGCAUCAUGCAGAUUUAAUUGUUCUUGGUGUGUGGUGGGAACGAAGCACUUGUAAUCGAUCCACAUUCUUCUUUUCUCGUGUAGUACAGAGUUACCAUUCUCUUUCGUUCCUCAACAGAUUGUGUUGUGGGAAACAACUUUGAGAGCCAUGGCCUCGGGGCCGAUGCGGUUCGGUUCAGGUCCGGACGUCGGGGAUCUCUCCGGGGCGUGCCUCGAGCCCGCGGGAUCAGUCCGGUGUGAUGGUCCGAUCGGGACGAGUCGGCGUCUCCUCCGGGCAGGGGCUCGUCGUCCGCGCGGCCGGCGGGGACCCUCGGCUUCGCACCUGCACAAAGGUCGGGUCGGAAAGCUUGACCCGACCCCUCCGACGAUCAAAUUAAAAGAUGUGGAGGGGGUUUUAGAAGAAGAAGUGUUUGUAUGUGUCACUCGCCCCCCUUCUCUGAUGAAUGAGAGGAUAUUUAUAGGGAAGCUUACUGUUGUUUGAUGUACC